AUGUCAACUACCGCUCCCACUGCCACUACUUCUCGCUCCCUCAGUCCUUCUUCUCCUCCUUUCCUGUUCCCAAAGUCAUCACCUACCCUUACAUCCAGCUCUGAUUCCGCCUCGGGAACUCUACUUUCCUCCACAUAUGUCGAGUCGACUUCUACCCUUUCGUCCACCGCCCCAUCCGACAAGCUCAAGCUCGACAAUCAACGUCAGGGAAAAGAUGUAUUUCCUUCCUCUAUAACUACUACAACCGCAAAAUCUUUUGGUGCGGGAUGGAAAUCUUCUUCGCCGUUUGUCAGUCAAUUGUCAAGCAGAAACAACAAUGACGCUUCCCGCCAUCUUGCCUUUGAGAAUGAUCCUUUUCAUUCUCAAACUCGAUCUUCAGAUCUUCCGAUGUCUUAUCAAGUGAAUCCAACGCCGUUCCUUCAUCGUAUCAAUACUACUACCCAUGAGUUGCCGCAUGACUUUGAGCUUUACACUCCCACCAGCCCAAACUCAGUCGGACAUCCAUUUUCACCUUAUCCCAUUACGCCAAAUGACGAGAUUUAUCAUCAUCACCGACCUUCUGUCUCGUCGAUCGAUAUCGAGCUUGAAGACAACCCUAGUUACUACAUUCAUACGCAUCCUGAUACUAACGCACUAAACCAUCAUCAGUCAGUACCCAAUCUUCCAUAUGUCCGACAAGGUCUUGCAAGACGACCUAGCGGAGUGUCAGUCCGUUUUACAGACAAGGACAUCUCGACUCAAGACUUUGAUCAGAAUGACAUUGCCUCACAAAGAGGCUUGCGAAGGAUGCCAGGUUUUAACUUUGGUCAAAUCGGUGCGAGAACUAAAUUGAUGAGUUCCAAGAGCAUGCCAAUCAUUCCUAUGGUUGGUGAAGGAAGGAACGUGUUCAUUCAUUGUGUCGACAACGAUCUUAGUGAAGAAGACCUUCGAGUCUAUGCAUCUGAGUUCGGUGAAGUAGUUUCGGUGAAGAUUCCUGCUCGAACCACUAGGCCUCACGCUUUCGUCAUGUUCAAGAAACCGGACCAAGCUUCAAGCUUCAUCAUGCAUCUCAAAGUCAGAAACAUUGAAUGCGAAUUCGGCAAAGAAGAUUACCAGGUUAAAAACAAGGCUCUUGAAGAUCCGAAUUCGGCCAACCUGUAUAUCUCCGGUCUGCCUACCUCUCUCACAUAUGAUGAACUUGCCGAAAUUCUCCUUCCAGGAAAAGUCUGUUCAUGGAAACCGUUAGUAGAUGAAGCAGGAAACAGAAGGGGACCUAUUAUGGCUAGAUUGCAAACACGUGUUCAAGCCAAUGAUGUGAUCAGAAAGCUUAAUGGGAGGUAUUAUCAAGGAAUGAGUGAAAGGCUCCAAGUCCGAAUUGCGGAUUCGGAUGAGCAAAAGCACUUCAAACGACACCAAAGCUCCUGGAGUGAACGUUCGAACGGUAUCAGCCUCAUGGAUCAGUUGAACCAUACUUCGUUGAUCCCAGAACAUGCUAUCGCUCUUAUGAACGAGGACGCCGAAGACGUUGAGCUGAUUCAUACAAGAGAUUAUCUGGCUACCCAGCUCGAAGCUAUCGAACACCAACUUGCCCGUACUCAGAUCAAACCUCGUUCAGUCGUAUUCCCUGCUUCAGAAGAGCCUAGGUACAGAUCCGAUAUCAUUGGCCCUAAACCCACCGGAAUUGGACACACUGCAGCUGGCUGGGGACAUCGACACACAUCUUCCAGUUUUUUGCACGAUUCAUUUGGUACCUGGCCGGAUUGGACUGGUGCUGGUGCUGGUGCCAUGAACGGGAAAGCUCUUCCCAAUACAAACCCAUUCGGCAAUUUUAAUGAUCAAUAUCGACAACAAGCUGUCAGUCUCACCAAUUCAUCCGGGCCAGAGAAGAGUGCUGGAGGUUGGAGCGGGUUACACCACGUUAGAUCUUCUCCUGAGUUGGGUUUAAGAAUGGUUGGUGCCAGUGAUUUCUUCUGGAAGAGCGAAAGAGAGUGA